CCACAGCCCAGCGCCGCCGGGGCUGCAGGGCCCGGGGCCGCCUCAGCGGAGCCGGGCCGGGCCGCCGGCAGGGCGGGGCAGCUGGGAUAGUGAAAACGCCCGUUGUGACACAGGAACCUCUCCAGACGGCCCAGGAGGCUUUAGCAUCUUUCAGUGCCUUGUGCGGCACGUUAUCUCGCAUCUCCCUGCCAUCAAUGUUCCACUUUGAAAGCCAUGGAGCUGGGAAAGGCGAAGCUCCUGCGCACCGGCCUCAACGCCUUGCACCAGGCCAUCCACCCGGUGCACGGGCUGGCCUGGACGGACGGCAAGCAGGUGAUCCUGACCGCGCUGCACCUGCACAACGGGGAGCCCACCUUCGGCGACUCCAGCGUGGUGGGGCAGUUUGAGCACGUGCACGGGCUCUACUGGGGCCCCUGUCCCGCCGAGGCGCCGGCCCUGCUGGCCGUGCAGCACAAGAAGCACGUCACCAUCUGGCAGCUCUGCUUCAACGGCGCCGACAGGAACAAGCUCCUGGUUUCCCAGGUGUGUGACAUCAGCGAGCCCUACCCCGUGCUCCCCCAGGGCUGCGUGUGGCAUCCCAGCAAGGAGGUCUUGGCCGUGCUGACCACCCGGGACGCCUCCGUCCUGCCCUCUGUCCACCUCGACAGCUCCAGGAUUAACGCGGACAUCAAAGGCAGCGGGCUCAUCCACUGUGCCUGUUGGACCAAGGAAGGCAACCGCCUGGUUGUGGGGGUGGGCAGUGCCCUCCAUUCCUACAUUUGGGACGAUGCUCAGAAAACACUCAGCGCUUGCUCUUUUUGCCCAAUCUUUGAUGUGGGAGGCUACAUCUGCGCCGUGGAAGCCACGCAGAAUUUACAAGUCGCUGUUGCCACCGAGCUCCCUCUGGACAAGAUCUGUGGCUUAAAUGCUGGUGUUGCCUUCGAAGUUCCAUCAAGCGUUGAAACCGAGUCCUUCCCCUCGCAGUCCAGCUUGUGUGGGGAGGAAGAAUAUUCUUUGGAUGGGGGGAAGAAGUCACUGGAGUCUGAGAAGCCCUUGUCUGUAGUUACAUCUCCUGUGGAUCUAACUCACAUACUUUCUAGCAAGCAGAGUGCUGAUUCCAGCCCUCUCCUUCACCUGAGGCCCAAGGAUUACCUGACGGGAAGUGGCCAGGAUUCCUCGCACCUCAUCUUGGUGACUUUUGAAAGAAAGGUUACCACUACUAAAAAAGUGAGCAUCCCAGGCAUUCUUGUUCCUGAUAUAAUGGCUUUUGACUCCAAAACUCAAACUGUAUCUGUUGCCUCCAAUACUUGUAAUGUUAUUUUAGUCUAUUCACUGACUUCAUCCAAUUUACCCAAUAUUCAACAAAUUCAGCUAGAGAAAAGUGAGAAGCCGAAGGGGUUAUGCUUCUUGACCAAUAAAUUGUUACUGAUACUGGUUGGAAGACAAAAAUUCUCUGACCCUGCUUUUCUUCCUUCCUCAAGAUCAGACAAAUACAUGAUCCGAUUGAUGAUUAAAGAACUGAUACUUGAAACGUGUCCUUCAAAGGCUGUGUCAGCUGAUGGCAGCUCCAGUGUGAACCUUUCCAGUGUUACUCAUGAUCCCUCUAGGGAUGUCCACCCACUCAGCCGUGGGCUCCUGAUUCCAGAUCGCUCUGCCCUCCAGUCCCCCACAAGCCGAAGGAAGCUCAUUGAAGAAAUCAAGAGUCCUGCUUAUGAGCAAAACUUAGUGUUGAACAUCAGUGACUUCAAAGAGAAAAAGAUUUCCAUGAAUUUUCCUCCAGCUGUUGAGACUCUGGAUGCUGAGCCAGUUAAUCGGAGCGUGGCACUGUCUAAUGCUUCAAACAGGCCAACGUCCCCAAAAAGGCAGCAUGAGGCAGCUUCCAAAAUAUCCAAUUCUUACAAGAAUAACCUGUUCAGUGAGAAGGAGGCGAGUUACUUUUUGAGAAAUGUGGAAAAAUUGUCUGGUAACUUCACAGAAUUGCAGCACCAUCUUUCUGAAUUAACUGAGCUGCUAAAAUCUGGGAAGAGAAAUCUUCCAGUGUACCCAUCUUCUCAGGAGCCAUCAUUUAUUAAAAUCACCUGCCAGAGGCAGCUUUCCAAAAGUGAUGCAGAUGAAAGUCGGGCUGUUCUCCUCUGUGGUGGUAAACUCCGCCUAAGCAUCGUGCAGCAGAUAUUCAACCUCUCCCUUGUAGAAAUGCAGCACGGUUCCUCUUGGAUCGUCCUCACAGCAGACAGCGAGGGCUUCGUCCCGUUAAUGUUCACAUCCACACAGGAGAUCCUCAUCAGAGAUGCCACUGCAAAAGGCUACAGUGCCCGCUCCUCCAAAACUCUGGACAUCAUCAGUUCCACACAGGGGUGUAGAUCCACUUCUUCUGAAAGCCUGGACAUCACCAGUUCUCUGGAAGUACUGAGGGACUGCUCCUCCAAGACCUUGGACAGCAUCAGCCCUUCAGAACAGCCCAGCAAUAAAAUGUAGUUUUUGGCAGUGGUUUUGCAAUACCUCUUUGAUGAUGGGAGGCUUUUAUGUUUACUGUAUGGGACUGCAAAUUAUUAACAACAGUCUCAAAUGUCUGUACAAUUUCUAUAAUUUUUGUUGCAUUGUAAAUUAUUUAUUUGAUCCUUGGAAAUGUUAACUUUUUUUUUAUACUGAGCACUGUUUUUUAACUAUGUCUCUUGAGGUACAGAUGAGGUUGAAAAUGUGCAUUCUUACAGGUUUCUGAGCUCAAGUUUCCAUCUUGGUCUUUAAUACAUUGGUGGUUUUAGAUAAUAGUAAACUUGGAUAAUAAAGAAAUCUUU